AAAUGAGAAUAGUACAACCUUACACGACUCUUUUAGUUAUUCAGUGCUCGCUGAUGCCUUGUUGUCCGAAAUUAGUUUUAGCUAACAGGUAACUUUAGCUAGCAUUAGCAGCAGCUACUCGGCGUUAAGCUAGCUCCGUUAUUUGAGGGAAAGAGAUGUCAGGUCAGAUAGCGAGUAAUGGCUGAGUUUAUGUGUUCAACGAUCGUUAGUGAUAUAUAAUAUGUAAAGAAGGUCUUGGAGUUACGUUUGGUGAGGGUUGACAAAGAGAGGACCGGUGAAAACGUCGUGGACUUUGUUGACGUGGCGCACCGGUCUACCGAGGCGGCGGCUAAUCGGCGUUCCUCCCGGAGUUGUGGUGCCAGAAACUCUACCAAAAACCGAUCGGUAACCGUGGGAGCAGACAUUUACAAAUGUCUUCAGCUACUUUUAUUUUUUCCAUAAAGUCAAAACCAGCAAAUACAGAUUAGGUCCCCGGUGAUGGCAAAAGUUAGUCUCCGUAAAACUGCAGUUUCUUGUAACCAUGUAAUUGACGUUCACAUCAUAAUCACAUUUAAGAUUACAGGCAGUAUUUAUAGUAUUGUUUUCGAUGUUUCUGCUCUAUGUGUUUGGUUUUUGUAAUAAUCUUGUUCAUAUGUGGAAGCUAGACUGAAUGACAUAAUUUGCAGGUAGGCUUUAGAUGUAAAAACCCAUCUGCAAAUGCAUCUAUUGUGCAUUUUUCUUGUAGAUUAUAACCUUUAAAAUACAGCCCUCGUGAUUGAAAUCAAGUAGUUUUGAUGCAAUAAUACCAUUUCCAUUACAUAGAGGCUCCAGUUUUGACAAGUGCAAAACUGCAUUUUGUGAGUUAAACUGGCCCUUAAAUGCUUUUUCUAACUGGGAAGAAGAACUGGAUUGGUUAUAUUCUGAAACACAGCAGGUAAAAUGACUCAGAGUUGAAGAUAUUGGCAAAAGAGAUUAUUUCUUUAUCUCUUUUGCACUGUGUUUUAUCCAGCUGUAGAUGUAUAUAAACUGGGAAAUACAACUUUAACCAGCAACAGACAAUCCCUUUUUGGCACAGCCUAGCUCACAACUGAUGUUAGUACUGUUGAGAGAUAACCAAAAUAUUUUGAUUGUCAACAACAAAUUAACAGAAAAUACAUAUAAAAGUUACUUGACCUAUACAUGAGGCUAAAUCUCUGUUCAAAUAGUGUUAAGAUUGUUAGUUUUGUGUUUGCCUUUUUAUUUUACAGUCAUUUUGAGGAUCGCAGACUCUAAAGCACACGGAAGACCCUCAGACACAAGAAUGAUACCAAGCCAGAGCAAUCAGUUGGAGAAUGCUAUUGAUGAGGGGUUGAAGAGUGGGAAUGCCCAAACCCUGCACGUAUUCUUGCAAACGGACAUAUAUGAGGAGAGCCCAACGAAAUGCUCCCAACAGUUUCUUACCAAAUUGGAUAAACUUGUCAGCAGGUGUUUGGAUCAAAAAGAUGCCACAUCAGCCAGUUGGGCUCUCGCCUGCCUCUCUAAGUGUGGGAAAAACUUGAAACUACCAGGUGGCCAAGGACUGUCUGGACUAAUAGCUCAAGGCCUGAUCAAAAAGAUAAGUAUACAUCCAAUACAGGAGUGUCAGACAUACAGCCCGCGGGACGACUUUGUAAAGUGUAAAAAUUUCAUUCAGAAGACAUUAACUGCAGAUUGUAAAUUUGUAGAACUAUACAUUUAAAAUGAUUUCGAGACCAUGACAAGUUGUUUUGAUCAUAAAGUAAAAUACUGUAUUUCUCAUUGUUCUUUUUUCAUUUUGUGUCUCAUUUUUGUAACAUUUUGUCUUGUUUUUGUUGUUUUUGUCUGACUUUUAGAUUUGCACGGAAUUUCAUAAAUGAUGUUGCAUUUCUUGUCCGGUUCUAUUUUGUCUUUGGGAUGGACUAAUAGCUGCUGGAGUUUUGUAUGUGGUUUUACUGCUGUAUUGAUGUUGUGUUUUUUCAUUAUGCGCUGUAUGGGUUCUGUUAUCCCACGGAUAUAUGGGAUGGUGAUUAUGUCUUUGUUUUUGCCUUUUUUUAAAAAAAGUAAAAUACUAUAUUGUUCAGUUUCAGAUACUUGUGACUAAAUGUUUUGUGCCUUUGUAGACACUCUGUUAUUUGGAAGUUGUAAUGUGUAAAUGAUAAACUGAGGUAAAAUAUUGUUGAAAUUGAACUUACUUUUCUUAAGAAAUUUCAGGUUGUUCAUAAUGUUUUGUAGAAAUAUAGUUCCUUAAAUGUGAACAUUUUCAGAAUGUACUUUGUUGCACUAUAACAAAGGAAAAAUGUGGAGUUGUCGUCCUUUAUCAGUAUUUAUAUUAUGAUUUUACUGGUCCGGCCCACUUGAGAUGAAAUUUGGUUGAAUGUGGCCCCUGAACUAAAUUGAGUUUGACACCUCUGAUCUAAUACAUAGAGACACAUCAUAUGUAGGAGCUCUAAAAGUAUGUUUGCUUACUUGUUAUUGGAACUUCUUUUGUGCACAUGGUGGAGUGGUUUGAGAAAUGCAGGCAGCUGUGGCUCCAGUGUGGCCUGCAGUAGGACGAGACCUUAUUCACACUCUCCGAGGACUUCUUAAACGCCUUAAUGGAGGUACACGAAGCAUGUAAAGAGGGAACAUGGGAAAUCACUGAGUGCUUCCUGUAUCCCAUUGGUUAGUUGGUAGUGGACCCCAGAAUAUACAUCCUGAUUAAGAAAGAGGCAAUUCGUAAAUUUAACCUAGUUCUCGACAAAAUCCCAGUGGAGCUUAAGAAAGACAGGAAGAUCCUAACAUCACUGGAGUCCUCAGAUCUCAUAUUAUGACUUCCAGUCUUCCCUGAUGGAGGCACUGUGCAGAAUGGCCACUCCUAACCAGAGGAGAGAGUUGGCAGACCAAUGGUUCAGCAUGGGGCAUGUGGCCAACGCUUUUGCAAAGAUCCGUGAUUCUGAGUUUGAGAUGGCUUGCCGCAAGUUUCUGAACAUGGUGAACGGGAUGCAGGGAGACAGGAGAAGAGUGUAUUCUUAUCCGUGUUUGGAAGUUUAUCUGGGCAAGUAUGAGCUGCUAAUGCCAUCAGAUGAGAAUCUUGAGGAAUUCUGGAUUGACUUCAACCUUGGCAGCCACAGCAUCUCCUUUUACUUCUCCUUGACUGAUGAAGAGACACAGGAGGGCCACUGGGAAACAAUAUGCAUCAAUGAGAAUGAAGUCCAGAGCUACACAGUCACAGGAGAAGGACACGAGGCAGGGACAGGAGAAGCAGUUGUUCGCUGUGGAGACUUUCAUCCAGCUGCUGGAGCUCGUCACCGUCCGACACCGUCUGCUGGAGGCAGCAGCAGAAACGGAACAUCUGGCACAGUUGUACAGAAACGUGGCCUCAGUUCGGUUUCGAUGAGUUCCACUUGUAUCUGAGGCCGCUGCAGUUUGAAGUCGCUGAACAGAAACAUCGAAUCCAGCAGAGGCAAGUUUUUAUCACGGCGAUACUGGAAGACGACAGCUCCGUGGACAGGUUUAUUCCGUCCCAGCUGCCUCUGAGCAUCCAGGAGCUGGACGAGGAUCAGAUCGGCAGGUUUAGUUUCAGCUCCGAGGAGGCUGUCGUCCAC